UGUCUCUCAGCAUUACAUUGCACUACACCCUAAACCCUUUUCUAAGAAUCAUCCCCUUCAUCUUCACCUUUCAUAAUAAUAUUUAACAUGUCCCUCAAAACCCUCCUCGUCGCCGCCUCGACCCUCGCGAUGGUGCGCGCCUCCCCCGCCGGCAAAAUGGUCAUCCGUGACUGGAUCGCCAGCGACGAGAUUGUCGGUUUCAACCAGACCGUGCCGGAUGAUCAGACGGGCGAUAUCUAUCUGGCGUAUCAGCCGUAUCUGAAGGUCGUGAAUGGCUGCGUGCCGUUUCCGGGUGUGGAUGCCGAGGGGAAUACCGACGCCGGCCUCGCCAUAACCGGCUCCUCAGACGGCGACUGCACCUCCAGCACCGGCCAAAUCUACGUCCGCUCCAACAUCUCCACCACCAGCACCAGCACCAGCACCUACCCAACAGCGCUCAUGUACUCCUGGUACAUGCCCAAAGACGAACCCAGCCCGGGAAUCGGCCACCGCCACGACUGGGAAGGUGUCAUCGUCUGGCUGGCCGACGGUUUGACCGUCUCCGCCGACAACAUCCUGGCCGUGUGUCCCUCCGCGCACGGCGGCUGGGACUGCUCCACGGACGGAUAUACCCUCGACGGCACGAAGCCGCUGAUCAAGUACGAGAGUGUCUGGCCGGUGGAUCAUUCGUGUGGGCUUACGACCACGGUCGGGGGCACCCAGCCGUUGGUUGCCUGGGAGAGUUUGACCACCGCUGCCAGGGACGCGUUGCAGACGGUCGAUUUUGAUAAGGCGAUUGUGCCGUUUAAGGAUGCCACGUGGGAGGAGAAUUUGGGGAAGGCCAGUUUUUAAGGGUUGAUUGU